AAGUAUCUUUCAGAAUAUUUAUAUAAAAAAUGUCCAGAAUAGUCCGUACCCUAAGUGUUAAACCUCCAAGUUAGUUUCUCACAUUAUUGUACACCUAAUACCUCCCAACAAAACUACACUCUUUGAUUUUACCUUCACCGUCCACCCUCGUUACUACGGAAGUGAAAGCUACACCCUUUCUUUUUUCUUCUUCUUAGCUUCUUUUCUGUCCAUAAGAGGCCCAACUUUUUCGUCUCUUUUCAAUCCCAUCCGUUAGCUAAUAUGUAUCUUCUUUGAGUCUUCCCUAAUAACUCUUUCUUUCUCUUUCUCUCUCUCUCUUCUUAUCCCCCAAAAUGUCUCCGAGCAAGGAAGUAUCCAAGGAUGUUUUCCCUUAUCUUCGUGUAUACGCUGACGGAACCAUCCAGAGAUAUGCAGGAACAGAAGUUGCACCUGCAGGUUUCGAUUCUCAAACACGUGUUUUAUCCAAAGACAUUUUUAUCACUAUCUCACAACAAGCCACUCUCUCUGCAAGACUCUACCGUCCAGAUUCCGUUAAAAUUAGUCAAAAGCUUCCCGUGUUAAUAUAUUUUCAUGGUGGAGCCUUUUGCAUAGCAUCAGCGGCAGAACCCAAGUACCAUCACUGCAUGAACCAGCUAGUUUCACAAGCUAACGUCAUUGUUGUCUCUGUUGACUACAGGUUAGCCCCAGAAAAUCCGCUUCCUGCUGCUUAUGGGGACUCCGGGACUGCCCUUCAGUGGGUAGGAAGUGGCGGACGCGGCGAGCCGUGGCUCGAGGAUUAUGCAGAUUUUGGACGGUUGUUUUUAGCUGGUGAUAGUGCUGGUGCUAACAUUGUACACCAUUUAGGCUUGCGGGUUAAUCCGAAUAUGAAGAUUAAAGGGAUUGUUAUGAUUCAUCCUUACUUUUGGGGAAAAGAUCCUAUCGGGAAAGAGGUGAACGAUAGUCUUAGAAAAUCAAUGGUCGAUACUUGGUGGAUGUUUGUCUGUCCCUCUGAUAAAGGGUGUGAUGAUCCGUUGAUUAAUCCUUUUGCUGAUGGAGCUCCGAGUGUUAAAGGUUUGGGCUGUGAAAGUGUUCUUGUUUUUACUGCUGAGAAAGAUAUACUGUGCGAAAGAGGGCAGUUUUAUUAUGAAAAUUUGGUAAAAAGUGGGUGGAAAGGAAAGGCAGAGAUUGUGGAGACAAAAGGCGAAGAUCAUGUCUUUCAUAUCUUUAAUCCUGACUGUGACAAUGCUCGUGUCUUGAUCAAGCGCUGGGCUUCUUACAUCAACCAAGCAUAGCUAUAGGGUCUUGUUAAUCAUAUAUAUAUAUAUUUGCAGUUGGCUUUGUAUCAGUUUAUGUGGGGAAGUAAAAGUUUAAGUGUUUCUUUUCUUUACAAGUAGAUUUUCCAAUGCCAAUACUAUCGACAUUUGUUUUUACAUGAAAAGAUUAAAAUCUAUUACCUUCUCUAUUGUAACCGUCUUUUUCAGUAAGAUUCUAAUUUCACGCGGGACAUCCACUCAACGAUUA